AUGGCCCUCCCUUAUCAUAUUUUUCUCUUUACUGUCCUCUUACCCCCUUUCACUCUCACUGCACCCCCUCCAUGCCACUCUAUGGCCAGUAGUUCCCCUUACCAAGAGUUUCUAUGGAGAAUGCGGCUUCCCAGAGAUAUUGAUGACCCAUCAUAUAGGAGUUUAUCUAAGGGAAACCCCACCCAUGCCCACACCCAUAUGCCCCGCAACUGCUAUAACUCUGCCACUCUUUGCAUGCAUGCAAAUACUCACUAUUGGACAGGGAAAGUGAUUAAUCCUAGUUGUCCUGGAGGACUUGCAGCUGCUGUCUGUUGGACUUACUUCACCCACACCGGUAUGUCUGAUGGGGGUGGAGUUCAAGAUCAGGCAACAGAAAAACAUGCAAAGGAAGUAAUCCCUCAACUGACCCAGGUACCUGGCACCCCUAGCCCCUACAAAGGACUAGAUCUCUCAAAACUACAUGAAACCCUUCAUACCCAUACUUGCCUGGUGAGCCUACUUAAUACCACCCUCACUGGGCUCCAUGAGGUCUUGGCCCAAAACCCUACUAACUGUUGGAUGUGCCACCCCCUGCACUUCAGGCCAUACAUUUCAAUACCUGUACCUGAACAAUGGAACAACUUCAGCACAGAAAUAAAUACCACUUCCAUUUUAGUAGGACCUCUUGCUUCCAAUCUGGAAAUAACCCAUACCUCGAACCUCACCUGUGUAAAAUUUAGCAAUACUAUAGACACAACCAACUCCCAAUGCAUCAGGUGGGUAACUCCUCCCACACAAAUAGUCUGUCUACCCUCAGAAAUAUUUUUUGUCUGUGGUACCUCAGCUUAUCGUUGUUUGAAUGGCUCUUCAGAAUCUAUGUGCUUCCUCUCAUUCUUUGUGCCCCCUGUGACCAUCUACACUGAACAUGAUUUAUACAGUCAUGUUGUACCUAAGCUCUGCAACAAAAGGGUACCCAUUCUUCCUUUUGUUAUCGGAGCAGGAGUGCUAGGUGGACUAGGUACUGGCAUUGGUGGUAUCAAAACCUCUACUCAGUUCUACUACAAACUAUCUCAAGAAUUAAAUGGUGACAUUGAAUGGGUCACCGACUCCCUGGUCACCUUGCAAGAUCAACUUAACUCCUUAGCAGCAGUAGUCCUUCAAAAUCGAAGAGCUUUAGACUUGCUAACUGCCAAAAGAGGGGGAAUCUGUUUAUUUUUAGUGGAAGAAUGCUGUUAUUACGUUAAUCAAUCUGGAAUUGUCACCGAAAAAGUUAAAGAAAUUCAAGAUCGAAUACAACAUAGAGCAGAGGAGCUUCAAAACACCAGACCCUGGGGCCUUCUCAGCCAAUGGAUGCCCUGGAUUCUCCCCUUCUUAGGACCUCUAGCAACUAUAAUACUGUUACUCCUCUUUGGACCCUGUAUCUUUAACCUCCUUUUUAAGUUUGUCUCUUCCAGAAUUGAAGCUGUAAAGCUACAAAUGGCUCUUCAAAUGGAGCCCCAGAUACAAUCAAUGACUAAAAUCUACUGUGGACCCCCGGACCAGCCUGCUAGUGCAUGCUCCCAUGUUAAUGACAUUGAAGUCACCCCUCCUGAGGAAAUCUAUGCACAACCCCUACUACGCCUGAAUUCAGCAGGAAGCAGUUAG